UCCAUCCAUCCGCGCUUCCCUUCUCUCUGCCGCUGGAUGCUGGAUGGUGCGUUAGGAGCGCAUGCAGGACGGCACCGGGGGCUUCCCUCCGUCUCUUUCUGUCUGAUGGAGACGGGCUGACGACGCGCCAGGUCCGGCCGACACCUCCGGGAUCCUCCGGGAAGGGCUCCUCGCUCCUUUCUGCUCCUGCUGUCGUAGAAAGCCGGAGGUGCCAGACUCCACAGAGAGAGAGAGAGAGAGAAAGGGGGAGACACGGCGAGAUCCUCCAUCAUCUGAAGGUCUCCUCCGUCUCUUCCAGGGAGCGUCGCCGGGAUUGUGUUCAACAUGCUCGCUCCCAGGAGUGCGUAGCUUGUCUAGUCGAGAGGAAGAGGAGAAGAGUCUAGUGUGCGUUUGUCUUUUUGUUUUUUUUGUUUUUUUGUAUCGGCGGUGCAGAGAUGGGUUCGGUGGGCGCAGAGCGUCGUAGGCCCACGCCGGUCCAGACCCCCGAGGAGAGGGAUGUGUGGAGGGAUGGGGGGAGGUCUGGAUGGAGGGAUCCUGCAGGGAGGGAGGCCUGGAGGGAGGCGAGGGAGAGCGGCGUGGUGCAGAGCUACAGCUUCGACUCGUACCAGCUGGAGGAGGAGGAAAUCGGUAAAGACGCCCCGGAGCGAGGAGUGCUGGCUCUGUCUGAGCCUGACUUUGAGGAGCCGAUCCCCGACGACCGUUACCAUGGCAUCUACUUUGCGAUGCUGUUGGCUGGAGUGGGCUUCCUGCUUCCUUACAACAGCUUCAUCACAGAUGUCGACUACCUGCACCACAAGUUCAAAGGGACGUCCAUAGUGUUCGACAUGAGUCUGACGUACAUCUUGGUGGCUCUACUGGCCGUCAUCCUCAACAACGUGUUGGUGGAGAGACUCAGCAUGCACACCAGGAUCACAGUGGGUUACAUCUUAGCUCUGGGUCCGCUGGUUUUUGUCAGCGUGUUCGACGUCUGGCUGGAAAAGUUCAGCACCAGGCAGGCGUACAUCAUCAACCUGGUGGCCGUGGGAGUGGUGGCCUUCGGAUGCACAGUGCAGCAGUCCAGUUUCUAUGGUUACAUGGGGAUGCUGCCCAAGAGGUACACGCAGGGGGUGAUGACUGGAGAGAGUACGGCCGGCGUCAUCAUCUCCCUGUCGCGCAUCUUCACCAAGCUGCUGAUCACCGACGAGAAGAAGAACACGCUCAUCUUCUUCCUGGUGUCCAUCAGCAUGGAGAUGCUCUGCUUCCUGCUCCACCUGCUGGUGCGACGCUCCCGCUUCGUACGCUACUACACCAGCCACGCCCAGGGAAAGGGUCCGGGCAAAUGUCACGACCCCCGGGACAACGGGACGGGAUACAGGGUCCACCACGACGUCACGUCAGAGGAAGUAAGAUUUGGAAACGGUGGGACCACACUACCCUCCACAGAAGAAGGUGCUGAGGACUUUGUUGGUGGCACCUAUGUGAGAUUUGACGCCCCGAAAGCCAAAAUAAGGAAGAGCUGGCCCGGUGUCCGCGACAUGAUCUUGCAUCGUUACGUGGUGUCCCGUGUCAUCUGGGCCUACAUGUUGUCCAUAGCCGUGACCUACAGCAUCACCCUGUGUCUGUUCCCUGGACUGGAGUCUGAGAUUAAAAACCGCACCUUAGGAGAAUGGCUGCCCAUCCUCAUCAUGGCCACCUUCAACAUGUCCGACUUUGUUGGCAAGAUUCUGGCAGCGCUGCCGUACGACUGGUCUGGAGGACGCCUGCUCUUCUUCUCCUGCCUCCGGGUGGUUUUCAUCCCGCUGUUUGUCAUGUGCGUCUACCCGUCCAGUUCGCCCACCCUGUCCCACCCGGCCUGGCCCUGUCUCUUCUCCCUCCUCAUGGGAGUCACCAACGGAUACUUUGGGUCGGUGCCGAUGAUCCAGGCCGCCGGCAAAGUGCCGCCUGAGCAGAGGGAGCUGGCAGGGAACACGAUGACAGUCUCCUACAUGACGGGUUUGAUGGUCGGCUCUGCUGUGGCGUACGCGGCGUACAGCUUCACCGCUCCGACAACGGGAACACGCUUCAUCGUACACGCACCCGUCAACGCCACAGGAUACUGAACUUAAAAACACAUGUACAGGUACUGAACGAGCAGCGCGGCCGGUCGGUGCCGCCGUUGCAACGUUUGAGUCCAGCUGCAGGGAAGGAAAAGACACACACACACACACAAAAAAUAAAAUAAUUUCUUUGUUCGCUCGGUCGUUCUGCAGCCUGGUGACCUUCAGAUGUCGACUGUGAUGAACUCACCUGGAGCUGCAGAACAUGAGCUGUGCAUCCGACAUAAGCCCUCUGAGAAUCACCCGGUGAAAUGACUGUCUGAAUAUGUGUGAACAGAUUGUCUGACAUUUGUACAGUGUAAAGUCAAGAGAGGUUUUACUGCAGAGAGCGAAACAGAUCGAAGUUUUACAGGAGUUAGAUCAAAUAUGUGACAUUUCAUUUUUUCUCAGAAGUAGGGAGAUAAUAAGACUGGUAUUUCUUAGAGAGUGUGUUUCAUUAUAUCUCUGACUAAAACUCAACUUUAGUGUCCGGCCCCAACAAUGACAGUCCCUGGAAAUCAAUUUUAAUAACUUUGAAGACUCGUCCUGCUCAGGCUGCUGGAGCUGACCAAUCAGGGAAGAGUGGGCUUUUCAUUUAGCACUCGGCUGUUUCAUGGAGACUUUAAGUGAAAAAUGUAGGUUGAUUAUUAUUACGGGAAGAUUUUAAACACUUGUAAACAAAGUUUCUGUGACCUCAAAUCCAAAGACAUUCCUCUGACCCUUGAUAACACUGUGUUAGCAACUACAACGUACUAGCUAUCCUAGCUACUACUACAACGUACUAGCUAUCCUAGCUACUACUGCAAUGUACUAGCUAUCCUAGCUACUACUACAACAUACUAGCUAUCCUAGCUACUACUGCAAUGUACUAGCUAUCCUAGCUACUACUACAACAUACUAGCUAUCCUAGCUACUACUGCAAUAUACUAGCUAUCCUAGCUACUACUACGAUAUACAUUAAAAAAUACUACCUGUCCUAGCUACUACCACAUCUUAGGAGCUAUCCUAGUUACUACUACAACAUACUAGCUCUUGUAGCUAGUAGCCUACUACAAUACACACUAAAAAAUACUAGCUAUCCUAGCUACUAUCACAAUAUACUAGCUAUCCUAGCUACUACUACAAUGUACUAGCUCUCGUAGCUAGUACUACAGUAUACACUAAAGAAUAAUAGCGACCCUAGCUACUACUACAACAUACUAGCUAUCCUAGCUACUACAAUAUACUAGCUAUCCUAGCUACUACUACGAUGUACUAACUCUCGUAGCUAGUACUACAGUCUACACUAAAGAAUGAUAGCAAUCCUAGCUAUUUCUACAAUAUACAUUACAAAAUACUACCUGUCCUAGCUACUACUACAUCAGAGUAGCUAUCCGAGCUAUUACUAGUACAACGUAGUAGCUCUUGUAGUUAUAUACAC